GGUACUUUGGCGUUUCCCCGAUUCCGGUUUUUUCAUUGAAACUUCUUAUUUGGAAUAAGCCUUCAAAAACAAACUAUGAAGCAAACUAAAUGUCUAUAAAUAGAAUGAUAAUAAAUUCGAAUAUACAUCUUCAAUUGACAUUCUUGCAUUUGAUAUUAAACCCCCAACGUCUUUUGGCUCUCGAUGCCCUGGAAAUAAUAAACUACCAAACCACCAAGUUCACAUUUCCUGAACUCUGGGAAGAGCAGCCGGUGGCUCCCACAAGAGAGGAUGUAGAUGAUCAGAAUGUUGAGGCGGAGGAAAGCUAUUUAAAGUUCGGCGACGACAGCGAGGUGAGGAGUUCUGUUCACGAAGGACUUCACGAAGGAUCCUUUUGCCGGCGAAGUUUCGAUGGAAGGAGUGGCUAUUGCAUCCUGGCCUACCAGUGUCUCCAUGUCAUUCGGGAAUACCGAGUGCAUGGCACCCGCAUCGAUAUCUGCACCCAUCGGAACAAUGUGCCCGUGAUUUGUUGUCCUUUGGCUGACAAGCAUGUCCUUUCACAGCGGAUAAGUGCCACCAAAUGCCAGGAAUACAAUGCAGCCACCAGAAGACUUCAAUUGGCGGACACCGGAAGGAUCUUCUCCGGAAAGCAGUGCGUGCCGAGUGUUCCCUUGAUUGUGGGUGGAACUCCCACCAGACACGGAUUAUUCCCCCACAUGGCCGCCUUGGGAUGGACGCAGGGAAGUGGCAGCAAGGAAGUGGACAUCAAGUGGGGCUGCGGUGGAGCCCUGGUUAGUGAGCUGUACGUCCUGACCGCCGCCCAUUGUGCCACCUCGGGUAGCAAACCACCGGAUAUGGUGAGAUUGGGAGCACGCCAGUUGAAUGAAACCAGCUCUGCCCAGCAGGACAUCAAGAUCCUGAUUAUCGUGCUGCAUCCGAAAUAUCGAUCCUCUGCCUAUUACCAUGAUAUUGCGCUGCUCAAGUUGACCAGGAGGGCCAGGUUUUCCGAUCAGGUUCGUCCUGCCUGCUUGUGGCAACUUCCUGAGCUCCGAAUUCCCACUGUUGUGGCAGCCGGAUGGGGACGCACCGAGUUCCUGGGCGCCAAGUCGAACAUCCUGCGACAGGUGGACUUGGAUGUGAUUCCCCAGAAGCGCUGCAAGGAAAUCUAUCGGAAGGAGCGACGCCUGCCGAGGGGAAUCAUCGAGGGUCAGUUCUGUGCUGGGUAUUUGCCGGGAGGCAAGGACACCUGCCAGGGGGAUUCCGGUGGUCCCAUCCAUGCUGUCCUGCCGGAGCACAAUUGCGUGGCCUUCGUGGUGGGCAUCACCUCCUUCGGAAAGUUCUGUGCAGCUCCGAAUGCUCCGGGUGUUUAUACCAGGAUAUAUAGCUACUUGGAUUGGAUUGAGAAGAUUGCCUUCAAGCAGCAUUGACACUUUAAUUUUAUUUAUCUAAUUUAUUUUAAUCAUAGCUAAGAUCACUUUAUUUUUUUACAUUCGCUUUAAAAACUGUUUAAGCAAACAUCUGUAACACUU